CCUAUUUAAAUCACGUGAUACAACAAAACGGCAUGGAACCAGGAAGUGGAAACGAAAAUUGAAAACCAGCUUGGUUCUGUGCCAUUUUAAUGAGAGCAUCUAAUGCACGAUGGAUGAUUCGUUUGACGAGGAACGAUAUGAUUCUGUCUACGCUAACGACCCGGUGAGUGAAUUCCUGAAUGUCACCGAAAGCCUAAGAGUUCAGAGCUUGGAUCAACUUCUUGAGGAAGAUAAAAGAUCAAAUGCAAUAAAAGACGACCCAAUUGCAUGGUAUCAUGGAAAAAUACCAAGAGAAGCUGCAGAGAGUAUUCUCAAAGAGGGUUUAGCGAGUUUGCAAGGAACAGGAGCAGACAGCAAUGGCCUCUAUCUGAUUCGUGACAGCACCAGCUCCGACAAAGAUUUCGUUGUUUCUGUUACCCAUGAUGCCAAAGUGUUCCAUUUUCAGAUCAAAGAAGUGUUCGAUGGGCAUUACAAGUUGGAUGAAGGCCCAACUACACAAGGGUUGGAAAAACUUGUCGCCUUUUACGAGAAUGGAGCGAAUGGUCUGAUCACAAAGCUGACCCGGCAUUGUAAAGGUUCCCCUCCCCCUGACCGGGCGAGGCUGAACGGUCCCACUAACUUACUGCACCGGGCCGUCAUGGAAGGAAAUGAAGAUACAGUGGCCAAUAUAUUACAACAUAGACUUUGUCCUCCUGUAAAUGCCAAAAAUGAAUUAGGAACUACAGCUCUGCAUGAUGCCUCAAAGUAUGGGAAAGCAGUUAUUGCUAGAUUGUUAAUUGACAAGGGAGCAGAUGUUCACGCCAAAGAUAGAGCUGGCUUCACUCCAUUACAUAGGGCUUGCUCAGCGAAUUAUGCAGAUGUUGUGACGUUGCUGAUCAAACACGGAAAAGCUGAUCCUCAAAUUCGAUCUCCAAAAACUGGCUGGGUGGCCCUCCACGAGGCAGCCAUGAAAGGAAAUGCUGAUUGUAUUAAGAAACUCCUACAGUUCUUUGCUCCCAUGAUGCCGAGAGCAGAUGACGGCCAAACACCAUUAGAUUUAGCAUCGAGGUACAACCGCCAAGACUGCAUUCCUCUGCUAAGGUUUCCUGACAAGAGACAGGUUAGAACAAAGAAAGAGUAUUGGUUUCACUCAGGCUUGGACAGGAAGGGAGCGACUCAGCUUCUGGAGGAGUACCGAAAGGAAGAGGGUCUGUUCCUGGUGCGGAAAAGUACCCGCAACGAGCAUUACAACGUUAUCUCACUUUGUCAUAAAAAGAGCAUAUUUAAUUUCGAAAUCAAAGUAACGGAUUACCAAAAUUGUACAGUACAUUAUAUAGAUGAUGGUCCAUACUUUGAAAACCUUUUACAAUUGAUUGAACAUUACAGUCGAUAUUGUGAUGGUCUGUCCACAAAACUUAGAGCUUCUAUAACUACAGAUAAACGUAAAAUGGAAAUAGAUGAAGAAUAUUACAAUGUUCAAGAUGUUAAUAAUACUUCAAAGCGUCUGUCUUCACCAGCACCACCAGUUCCCCAGUCUCGACCUGUUCUCCCUACCCAUCCAAACCAUCUCCAUGGCGACCCAAAGAAUGAGCCACCCCCUCUCCCCCCAAGUCACCCCCCAACCAAGCAACCAUCUGCCAGUUUAAAGAAGGAUUUAGGAGACAGGCAAAGUAGCCUAGACGAGUUUAAAAAGAUUGACAAAAGGGACAUUAAGAUUGGGUGUGAAUUAGGUCAAGGAGAAUUUGGAGCUGUUAAAAAAGGAUUCUAUACUCAAAGAAAGGCCAAGUUCAGGAGCACUCAGACUGAGGUUGCGUUGAAAACUUUUCAUGAUGACUCAAUGUCUGGUGCGAUGACUAGUAUAAUGGAGGAGGCCCGACUAAUGCAGAGGUUGGACCACGAGUGUAUUGUCAAGCUGUAUGGGAUCUGUGAGAAGCCAUUUAUGCUGGUGGAAGAAUUCAUUCCUUUAGGCUCUAUGUUGGAUUACCUGUAUGAGCACAAAAACCAAAUCCAAGCCAACCCCACCAUGUACCUGUGGGCCUCACAGGUAGCCCACGGCAUGUGUUACCUGGAGACUAUGAAAAUAGUCCACAGGGAUCUGGCAGCCAGGAACAUCCUAGUCCAGAGUAUGCAACAGGUGAAGAUUAGUGAUUUCGGGUUGUCCAGGGCUUUUGUUGAAGAGAAGAACUACUACCAAGCCUCCAAGGGAGGCCGCUGGCCAAUCAAAUGGUAUGCACCAGAAUGUGUCAAUUAUGGGAAGUUCAACCAUAAGACAGAUGUGUGGAGUUUUGGUAUCACAUUGUGGGAGAUGUUUUCCUAUGGAGAGCAGCCGUAUGGUGACAAAAAAGGAGUAGAGGUGAUGCAGUUCAUUGAGUCUGGUGAACGUCUAGAAAAACCGGAUGACUGUCCCAAAACCUGUUACUUAAAGAUGUUGGAAUGCUGGAACAAGGAACCAGCCAAACGACCCGAUUUUAAUGACCUUUAUAGACAUUUCCAGGUGGACCAAGAAUAUGCAUCAGUGAGCGAGAUUCAGAGAAGCAGGACAAAGAAAUAUUAGAUAUAUUUCAAGUGCGGACAUUUGAUGUUUUCCCCCAUCUAAAGGCUGUCAGUUGACCUGACAUAGCUAUAAUCAUACUGUCAUAGCUUUACAAAAAACUUACUUUUGAAUUUUUUUAUCUGCUUGCAUACAUCUAUUUUAAUCCCAGAUGAUAAGUAUGAAUCAUACAUAUAAAUGUUUCAACAUUUUCCAUGCAAACAUUAUAAUGCCCAUGAAAACUAUUUUGGUGCAUUAAUUAUUUGCUCUGCAUUUGCAUUUUCACAAUUUUUUUUUUUAUUUGAAUGAGGGAAAAGUGUUCAGAGAGAUUGGUACUGAUAGUCAAGAAUUCAAAGGUUUUCAAGAUGAAAUUUUUAUUUUCAAUUUCUGUUUGUUUAUUUAUGUGUAAAUUAUUUUUUUUUUAGAGUUUCAAAAUGUUCAACCACAUUCCUGUAAGAAUAUAUACCAGCUAAUAAGUCUUUAAAUUAAUUUGUUAACCUGCUCAAAUGCUAGACAUACUGUUAUUCAUGAUGAAAUGUUAUUUUAUACCACAAAUGUUUGUGUAAUUAUUCAGGAAAAAAUGUUGUUGUUCUCACAUUCCUUGAACGUUGUUGCAUUCCUAGGUCUAACACAAUUGAAAUGUUUUACUGCAUACAGGGAAUUAGUCGCCCCCGUUUUAUUUUUGCCCCUUUCGCCCUGGUUGUCAGUGGGCGAAUUUUAGACUUGCCAAAUUCCAAUGUCAAAAUUACCGAGUAACUCUCUUUAAACACACUUUGUCUGGGCGAAUUCAAGAAGGGGCAAACCAUUUACAACCCAAGAAGGGCGAAAAUAACAUGGGGCAAAAAUUACUAUUUUUGUUAUUUUUAAAAUUUGAUUAGCUUGCCUUCCAACACCUGACUGCAACCCCUAUAGCAAUACAUAAAAUCAUGUUAUAUUCCUACCCAGCCAUAUACUAAAUUAACUCCCUUUGGUUGCUAGUCAUAAAUGUAGUCAUAAAUGAUGAUGGCUAAACCAUUACGAAUUAAAAAGAUUUUAAUUUGAUCUCACAUUUACUGUAACAGCUAUAUUGAAGCUUGCCUUAUACAAUGUACAUUAUGCAAGUAUGAAAAGCAAUACAGAGGUUUCUAUUUUGCAAUUAAAUCAUUUCUCGAUUGAAACAACUAGAAACCCAUGUUAAAUAUACUAAAAUAAAUAAAACAUGAAAUUUCCUGUGUGUGAAAUAUUAAUGAUGUUUACAGCAUACAAUUUAAUGAAGGAACUUAACAAAAUUACAUGAAAAAUGAGAAGAAUUUUAUCUAUUUUUUUUUAAUGUAUGCUUAUAGUAUUUAUAUCUUUGUUAAUGAAGACCUACAAUUUUGAAAAAUACAAAUUUAAAAAUGUACGAUUUAAAUUUUGUUGAUGCGAAAUUUUUUUGACAUUCGUUAUUUUAUGUGGUUCAUCUUAUUCUUUGUUCUAAUCUUGAUUCGUUUUUAGAUUGUUAAUUUUACACCUGCAUAAUACCUCUGCAAAUUCAAGUUCAGCUAGAUUAAUACUACUUUUGCAUUCUAUAUGAUGGAUACAGCUAUGGUCUUUUCACACUUGAAAGACCCAAAGACAUUGCAUAAUCAUUUUUUUAUCUUACUAGAUAUGAUGAUGCUUUAAAUUUUAAAUGGUAGCUAACAACUAGAGAUGUCCAAUUCAGUUUUUAUGACAUGAAUUAUUGGAUUUUCAUGAAACCCCCCCCCCCCCCCCCCCCCAUUUUUUGUUGUUAAAGAGAUGAUCUAGGUACCGGUACUAAUUUCAUCUUAAAGGUGCUGAUAAAUUUAAUUCUUAGUUAUUUUUUUUCUCAAAUUUCUCACAAAUGCUUUUGCAGGAAACUUCUCUUGACAUGCUUAGAAAAAUAGAAAGGAAAGAUUUUUUCUGCACUAUGUUCAUAUUCCCACUUAAUAGAACGAGUUUAGAACAAGUGACAGCACUUAAAAGAAACUAAUGUAGAAAAGCCAAAUCUUGCUCGUAAUGAAUGAAUUCAAAUUUAUCUAAUGCCAGAUUUGAUAAUCUACAUCUAAAUUAAAAAGAAAGAAUUUAUAUUUUAAAAUUUCCAUAACAUUUAACAGUGGUUGAAUUUUAUUAUAAAAUUUUGGACAAACUUUGAUGCCCUCAUGAUAUAUGUAGCCUUCAUCACAUGUGUCAGUGUUAAUUGAUAUCUUAUGAGUUUGUAGCAUCAGUAUUUAUGUAUCAUAUUUGUAUUGUCAACAUCGUGUGAACAAACAUAGCAUGUUAUUUUCUAUAGAAAGUUAUAUUAUUGAAGUUAUGCACUUGUUAAGUUUAGAUAUUUCAACACUUUAUUAUUAUAUAGAGAUAAUGUUUUAUAUUUUGAUAUGAUGAAAUUAUUAACAAAGACAGUUUGUUUCUAUUAUUAUUGCUUUGAAUGACUAUAUGUCAUCUUCUUUGUACUUUUAAUAAAAGACAAUUUUAUAUCUUGA